AUGAGGAACGAACCGAAUCAUUUCACCGAGAACUCGAAAAUUUCAUUAUUCGAAAUGGCUUCUCUACCAGAACAACCUCGCAAUGCAUACUUACCAAUUGGUUCAUUUCCUGAAUAUCAGAAGUUUUCCUAUCAAUUUGAUUACGUCACAAUCAUUAUCCUUCUAGCUUUCAUUUGUCUUGUUCCAUCAAUCUAUUCCACUUUAAGUAUGAUGAUAUUUCAUCAGAGAAAUCUAUCGAGAAACUUCUCGAAAGAGAUUCAUCAAUAUGUAUUCAAAUCAUUUGUUUGUAUGCAAUCCUGUAAUAUAAUUUCAACAAUUCUGGAUUUUGUUAUUAUCAGAAUUCCUUGUACAUCACUUGUCACCUCUUAUUUCUCUACUAUGAAACUGGAUAGUUUGAUGAGAUUUGUUAUUGCUGCAUGCUAUGGAUUCGAGUAUCUUGCUCAAUUAUUUACAAUUUUGUUCUGUUUUAUUCGAGUUCUGGUUCUUUAUCAUCCGAGAAAACAUUUGGAGGCGAGUCUUGAAAACUAA